AUGAUCAUUACAACAUGGAUUGUGUACAUCUUGGCCCGGAAGAGCAUAGGGCUACCCUUUCCACCAAGGGUGAACUCGGACAUUGAAGUUGAAGAAACUGAGGCUGUAUCUGUUGUGCAGCACUGGUUGAACAAAACUGAAGAAGAGGCUUCUCGGAGCAUAAAGGAGAAGAUAUCCAUUAACGACCCUUGCACCCAGGGACAUGACAUACAUGUGACCAGAGAUUUGGUGAAGCACCGUCUCUCCAAGUGUGACAUGUUAACAGACCCGAAUCAAGAAGUCCUGGAGGAAAGAACAAGGAUCCAGUUUAUAAGAUGGAGCCACACCCGUAUCUUCCAAGUGCCAAGUGAAGUUAUGGAUGACGUCAUUCAGGAGCGAAUAGAUCAAGUGAGACGGAGCGUAUCUCAAAUCAGGUGUGACUCCUCCUGUGAUCCAUGCUACGAUCCAUGCUGUGAUCCAUGCUACAGAAAUUCUUGCUCAGAAUGCUAA